AUGGCUGGCACUCCUCGUCAAGUGGCGCUUGGUGGUCUGAAUGACCUUUGGAUGAUUGACGAAUGGAACGACAUUUGGUACAUGAAGCUCAAUUGGCAAACCCUUGCGACUGCAGCUCCUUGGGAAAAGGUGGACGGCAAGAUGUGGUCCAUUUCCGCCACAGCGUCAGGAGCCGUGUUUGGAGUGGCAACCGAUGGGAAGAAUGUCUUGUAUUGUCCUUUCCGAGCUGCUGCACUGCAUGAUCUUCGUUGCGACUUUAUUGAUGGACCUUUGGAAUCCAUCCAGACGGCCUCAAUCUAA